GUGGAAUCAAAAUCACUUCGAAGGAAACGGAAAAAGAUUUCAUUGGAGAGAGAGAGACACAGAGAGAACCGUUGGCGACGAAGCAAUUGAGGCUGAAACACACAGAUCUCGUGAAGCAUCUCUCCGUCUUUGACCGAAUGCAGAAGGAAGGUUCAAAUUUAUAGAUAGUGAUCAAGAGAUUCAAGAUAUCUCCGAUCUCGUGUUUCCAUCUGAGCAGUGAAAAUUUUCAUCUUUGAAGUUCUGAUUUUUUAUUUUUUUAUUUUAAUUUUUUUAACUCUUUCGGAUGGUAUACACAUUGAUUUUCGAUCUGUAAUGAAGUAUAUGUCGUCGUUGAUUGUUUCAUCCAUGCAAUUUCUUUCGUUUGCGAAGAAGAAGAAAAGCUUGGCAGGUUUUCUUUUUGGGUUCUCGUUAGAUUAGACCUCUGUUUCGAGCUGAGAGAGAGGGAGAGAAGGAGAGAAGGGUAGAGGUAGUAUUCAAGGAUGAGAUUAAAGAUGUUGGUAUGUGUGCAUAGAGGGUCAGGGAACGUGAGUGUGGAGAAGUCUCAGGUGUGGCAACCCUGUAACAAGAAGAGAGCGUGAAGUCUGUCAGGGGCUGGAACUGAGAAUUUUGAGGAAGGAAAGAAGAAAGGGAGAAGGGGGCGAGGGGAGUGGAAAGAAGUCGUUUUGAGAGAAAGAAUAAAAGAUGGCUUCUCGCGCUAGUGGUGGCGCCACCGGCGGCAGCCGAACGCGUGUUGGGAGGUAUGAACUGGGUCGGACACUAGGGGAGGGAACAUUUGCGAAGGUGAAGUUUGCUAGGAAUGUGGAGACUGGAAAGAAUGUUGCCAUUAAGAUCCUCGACAAGGAGAACGUUCUUAAGCAUAAGAUGAUCGGUCAGAUCAAACGUGAAAUCUCAACCAUGAAAUUGAUCAGGCAUCCAAAUGUCAUACGCAUGUAUGAAGUGAUGGCUAGCAAGACUAAGAUAUACAUUGUACUAGAAUUUGUGAAUGGUGGUGAACUGUUUGACAAAAUUGCUAGUAAAGGGAGGAUGAAGGAAGAUGAUGCAAGAAAGUAUUUUCAGCAUCUUAUCAAUGCUGUGGAUUACUGUCAUAGCAGAGGUGUUUUCCACAGGGACCUGAAGCCGGAGAAUCUGUUGCUGGAUGCAAGUGGAAAUCUCAAAGUCUCAGAUUUUGGAUUAAGUGCAUUACCUCAGCAAGUUCGGGAAGAUGGGUUACUUCAUACAACAUGUGGGACACCAAAUUAUGUUGCUCCGGAGGUGAUCAAUAAUAAAGGAUAUGAUGGAGCAAAGGCAGAUCUCUGGUCAUGUGGGGUCAUUCUUUUUGUCCUGAUGGCGGGUUAUUUGCCAUUUGAAGAUUCCAACCUUGUAACACUAUAUAAAAAGAUCUAUAAGGCUGAAUUUACUUGUCCUGCAUGGUUCUCCACAAGUGCAAAAAAGCUAAUCAAGAGGAUCCUCGACCCAAAUCCUGUAACGCGAAUAACAAUUUCUGAGGUGAUAGAGAAUGAAUGGUUUAAGAAAGGAUACAAGCCGCCUGUUUUUGAAUCUCCAGAUAUUAGCGUUGAUGAUGUGGAUGCUGCUUUCAAUGAAUCUGAGGAUUCUGGGAAUCUUGUUGUGGAGAGGCGAGAAGAAAGGCCAGUAACAAUGAAUGCUUUUGAGCUCAUUUCAACAUCUCAGGGUCUCAAUCUUGGUACUCUAUUUGAAAAGCAGAUGCAACUUGUUAAAAGGGAAACACGAUUUACAUCUAAAUGCCCAGCCAAGGAGAUUAUAUCGAAAAUCGAGGAAGCUGCCACACCCUUGGGUUUUGAUGUGAAGAAGAAAAACUACAAGAUGAAGCUUCAGGGCUCUAAAACUGGACGGAAAGGCCAGUUGUCCAUUGCAACAGAGGUUUUUGAGGUUGCCCCCUCCUUAUAUAUGGUCGAACUUCGCAAGUCUGGAGGAGAUACCCUGGAGUUUCACAAUUUUUAUAAUAACAUAUCAAGUGGGUUGAAAGAUAUCGUGUGGAAAGCGGGAGAGGAAUUGAAGUGAAAAUAUUAUGAUGGUGUCGCAAAGUGUUUGCUGUAGCUCAUUGUACAUUUAUAAGACAGUGCUGGUGUGAAUUCCAUGGUUAUAGUCUGUAAGCCAAUGCAAAUUUAACUGUGCUGCAGUUGCUUAAUGAGAUCAAUCUCUUAUUGUUAAUAAAUAGCUUCAAAAUUUUGGAUGAAA